AUGACUCAUCCUCUGAGAUCAGCUCUCAUCACAGCUCUGGAACUCAUCAUCUAUUGUGGUGUUGGUGUGCUGUUGUCUCGUUUUAACUCGUUGCAAAAGAGAAGUGUAAAUUGUGUUGAUCCCUUCAGUGUCGCUUCUCUUGUUGACAGCAAAAUUCUCGAGAAAGUUCCCGCAAGAAUCGUCUGUCUGACCAAAUAUGUAGACGACAUUUUCUGUUUGGUGCCGCACGACAAGGUCACGGACAUUCUCUCACACUUCAAUGGAUACCAUCCCAAACUGCAAUUCACGGUUGAAAUGGAAAAAGAAGGAGGACUCCCUUAUCUGGACACCUAUGUCAUAAGAAAACCCUCAAGCCUUGCAACAAUGUGGUAUAAAAAACCAAUUGCAUCAGACAGAAUGCUUAACUUUCAUUCUCAACAUCCUCUGAGGCAAAAAGUGGGCACAGCAAUUGGAUUUAUGAAGAGAAUCGAUAAGCUCACCACAACAAACAGGGAAAACAUGAAAGAGAUUGCCAUCUCAAAACUAAGAGUCAAUGGAUUUCCGCCAAAACUUAUCAAUGCCCUAUGGAACAAGCACAUUGGACAACCAGCAUCAGCAACUCACAACAUAUCCCACAGCUCACCCACCAAUACAGAGGUCAUCUAUAAAUCGAUCACAUACAUUCCAAAACUCAGUGAUACGAUCAAAAGAAUAUUGUGCGCCGAAACACAAACUAUAAAAAUUGCAUUCAAGUGCGCCCAUACAAAUUCGGAAUUAUACACGAAUUUGAAAACAAAGAUUGACCCAUUAUUGGAAAGCGGAGUGGUAUAUUCCAUCCCGUGCGAGUGCGAAAGAGUAUAUGUAGGUAAAACCAUGCAGAGACUGAAGGACAGAAUGAAUCAACACAAGAGGAGCAUCACCCAAUACGAUCCUAACCAAGAGGAAAAGAGUGACGCUACAGCCCUGGUGACUCAUGCACGAAAAAUGAAACACCAGUUUUUGUUUGACUCGGUCGAAAUCGUGGACAGAUGCGAACACAACAAAAAACUAGAAUACUUAGAGAUGCUUCAUAUCCAAAUAAAACGAUCGCAUACUGUCAACAAGAGAAGCGACACUGAAGGGAUCAACACAAUUUACACUUCUCUUUUGCAACGAGUUAAAACGAGACAACAGCACACCAACACCACAAUAGAUGAUGAGUUCCAGAGCUGUGAUGAGAGCUGA